AUGUUGGUGAGUAGCAGUGAUACUGAUGGGUUUUUGGCGCAAAGGGCGGAGGCGAAGAAUGGUCAGACGAGGCGACAGGAUCUCAUGAGAAUCGACAAGAUGGACGAGAGAUGGGUGCAGAACAAAACCAACACGGCCUACAUUUCGCGGAAACGUCUCUCCACGAAUGACGAGUGUACAGUCAUUCAGCUGUCGAUUCCAAAUGUGCCCACAGAAUACUUUUCGGAUCCAGCUCGCUUGAAGACCAUCACAUUUUUCUAUAUGGCGGACUCCCCUCUAGAAAAAGCUGCUCAGUUAUCAUUUGAUUUUUCCGUAAGAGGUCAUGAGUCUCUCAUUAUAGUAGAGACUGACGAGUUAUCCUAUUUGGGUGAACACGCGGCCGCUAACACGCUUGCCCUUCUGUCUUCGUUUUCCCGCAAUAAUAGGCGGUCGAUUGUUUCCCUAUCCUACGACGAAAAUCUAAUGAUGAUCGCUUCCCUUUUUACGAAACAUAUUUAUAUCAAUGAUGAUACCUUGUCAAGUUUGUAUGAUUUCGCUUUUAGAAAGGAUUCGAAGUGA